GUAGUAGGAAAUACAACACAUAACGUAUGCUCAAAUUUCACCAAGCUUUCACAAGUUGCCCAAAGUGCAUGUAUUUCCACAGUUAUGCAAAUGAUAACUUCGCCAUCAUGCAUGCUUCUCCAAGGUUUAUUCAACUGUGUUUCCAAUUCUCUGUGUUCAUCUGGUGUGUACUGCGCUACUGCUGGUUUCUUCAGUUUGUUUAAAGAAAACAAAGUCCAGAUUGAGUGGUUAUUGAAACUGAAUGUUGACAGCUGUGAUGACUUAGUGUUUGUGAAUCCAUGUAGCGAUGUUAACACCUACAUAUGUCUGGAAGCUGGGUGUCCUACCACAGAAACAGACGUUAACUGCAAGUUUUAUAAAGACAAGAUUGACUGUGCCGUUCAGAAGCUCUCUAAAUAUAACUGUACUAACCAAAACAUGGUGGAUUUGAUAUCAGUAUCUCCCUAUGCCUCUGCUAAUUUUAACAUAACAUCAUGUGGAUGAAGUCAUUUACCAUAUUUGGUACAUACUUGACAUUAUAACAGCUGCAUUAUGAUCUGUCAGGGUCAGAUCUAAGGGGUGGGGUGGGGCAUGGGAAUCUGGUCCCUCCCCUGCACUAUGAUGAGCUUUUUAUUAAUACUGAAUCGUCUGGCAUCAUUCAACUUUUCCUUUGAAGUCUAUCGUCUUCUACAGUUUUGAUUGAAUUGGUCUGAAACUUGGUACAAUGAUCCUCUGAGGCACCCUUCACAAACUAAUAGAGAGAGAUUUUGGAAAUUUAUGAUUUUUAAUAAAUGUUAUUAAAAAUUUAAUUGAAAAUAUGAAAGUCUAUCUUCCCCUCAAGUAGAGAGUUUUGAUCAAAUAGCUGUGAAACUUGAUAUUAUGAUUCUCUGGAGCAGUCUUUACAAACUAAUAGAUAGAUAUUUUGCAUUUGUAAUUUUUAAAAAUUAAAUUUUAAACAUUUUAAAUAGAAAUUUAACAUUGAAAAAUUAAAAGUCUAUCAUCUCCUAAAAUGUUUGGUGGAUAGUUCUGAAACUUAGUAUAAGUAUUCUCAGAGGUAGUCUUCACAAACAAAUAGACAUUUUGGAAAUUUAUUAUUUUCUAUCGUUAAAUGUUAAAAAUAGAAAUAGAAAUUAAACAUUGAAAAUUUUAAAGUCUUCAAAUAGUUCAAAAACAUGGUACUGAAAUUUAAUGUGGUACUAUGAUUCUCUGGCGCCGUCUUCCACAAACUAUUGUAUUUUUAUAAAAAGUUAAAAAUUGAAAUUCAAAGUCUAUUUUCUCCUAGAGUUUUAAAUUUAAAAGAUUAAAAUAAACGUUUUACCUCCAUUAUAACAUUUAUCAGUGGAGCUUUUCUGAUACUCAUUUUGUCUGGCGUUUCCUAGUUCAUUUCAUUAAAGCACUGACAUUUCAACCUUUGAUUUCUGAUACUCAUUUUGUCUGGUGUUUCCUAGUUCAUUUCAUUAAAGCACUGACAUUUCAACCUUUGAUUUCUGAAGACACCAGGAUGCUUUAGAUUACAUAGGUAAAAAAAAGCCUUCCACUGACUUGAUAGAUCUCAGGAGUUUAAGAAGUCCACUUUUAAGAAGUCUUGUCUUAGAUCGACCCAUUUUUCUUCUACCUUUGGCUUUGCAAGUUAAAAGGGUAACUUUAUGGCACUGAUAUGAUGUGGGGUGGAAUUUAGCUCAGUCAGUGGAGUGCUUGCUUGAGGUGCUUGCAUCACAGGAUUGAACCACCUUGAUGGAUUCAUUCAGCUGAUUGGGUUUUUCCUCAUUCCAACC